AUGCGAUCUCUCCUGACGAGUCCCUUUCUCCUCCUCCAAGCCGCUCUGCUUGCCUCAGCCAGCCCUGCCCCUUUUCCUGUUCCUGCUGCCAACCCCGCCGCUGACGAGAACUGCGUCGACAUCAGCCCGAUACUCUGCAUCAGAUAUGCUGCUCUUUGCAACGCUCCUGAUGCUGAGAAGCAGAUAAGGAAGGAUUGUCCUAGGACUUGUGGUGUGGGUAUGGUAUAUUCUCUAAACUAUUGUUCAGGGCUUUUAUUUUCUAUAUGGGCUCUGAUGCAUUAUGCUGUCAAGCAAGUGUUCAGUCCUCAGUGUAAUAAAAUAACAGUCCACGCGCUUCAAAGAUGGACCUUCCACGCGUGCAUGGACAUAAGACAGGGUUAUAGGCAGAUUACAUGCGUGAUUAUCAGCGCUACUUUUGAAAACAAACAUGUAACCACGAGUAGGACCUAUUCUAUUCAAAGCUACCCAUAUGGUUUCAAGAUAUGUUGUGCAACAAUACUUAGUUACAGUACAUCCACAUACCUAUGGCAGAUGAUAACAACUAUACUUGCAGCCGCCCAGCAGACAAAUCCCUGGGGCCAGUCCAUGUCAAUGCCUCCAACUUAUAACACAAACGACGCUAGCCUGCAUAACCAGGUUACACUACAUAUUAAGACAGGUAACGACUGUAAGGUACAUAGUUGGAUUAUCCAUGCAAAACUCAUGAUAAUAAUCGCUAUCCCGAGUGAUCUGUAA